CUCAACAGUAUCCGACUAAUUUGGACCAGCCACGAGCUUUAAGACCAAGCCGAGUUUGAAAAACUAUAUACGGCCAGCCUGGUGUAGUUGGAAUAAAUGGCAACAGUAAAGAUGUCAAGAACAUGCCCACUUUGGUGUUCCAAAUACUUCUGGGAGGGUCAAGCGUUAGACAAGAGACAGACCAUUGCAUUAGCACACUUAGGACCUGAUACACCAUGGUACAAACGACUUGUAGUACGGCAUCGUAGAUUACUAGGACUCUUAUUGCCGGCAGCUUUCUUUCACAUGGUCUGGUGGGCAUUGGCAGUUCGUUAUAACCUCUGGCAGUUAUUCCCUGAUAGAUAUUUUAUCAGCAUCACGAUGAUAUUUGGCUCUAUGAUCGCUGGUAUGACCAGUGAAGGGGGUGGUGCGGUUGCCUUUCCUGUCAUGACACUGGCGUUUAAGAUAGCGCCAUCUGUCGCCAGGGAUUUCAGCUUAAUGAUUCAAUCAUGUGGGAUGACUGCAGCUGCGUUCACGAUUUUCUUCAUGCGUGUUCAGUUGGAAUGGUAUUCUGUUAUUUUCUGCUCGGCAGGAGGGGCCUUCGGAAUGGUUAUCGGCCUUGAAUUCAUAGAUCCAAUAUUGUCAGCCCCUCAGAAGAAAAUGGGAUUUGUAUGCGUGUGGUUUUCUUUCGCAUUUGCCCUGUUUCUGCUGAAUAGGUACCACAAGAGAAAGACAUUUUCAAAGAUUCCUGAUUUUAAAAUUUGGAAAAGUGGAGCACUCCUACUCACUGGGUUCUUCGGAGGUGUAUUUUCUGCAAUAGCUGGAAGUGGACUUGAUAUAUGUAGCUUCAGUAUUCUUACUCUCCUGUUUAGAGUUUCAGAGAAAGUGGCGACACCUACUUCCGUUAUCCUAAUGGCAGGAAAUACAAUGAUUGGUUUCUUUUGGCGCCAACUAAUGAUGACGACCGUAUCACAAGAUGCCUGGGAUUACUUGGCCGUUUGCGUCCCGAUUGUCGUGAUUGGGGCACCUCUUGGCUCUGUGCUGAGUAGUCAUUUUCAUAGACUCGUAUUAGCCAGCCUCGUAUAUGUUCUAGAUGCCGCUGCAUUGAUCAGUGCCUUUAUAAUUGUACCAUUGUCGCCUGCACUCAUUGGCCUUUCUGUCGGAAUCAUAGUAUUCGGCUUUGUCUUCUUUUAUCUAAUAACAUUGGCUGGGCAGAAAUUGUUAAGGGGCAUGAAUGAAGACAUUAACCCAGAUAAGAUUGAUAACGCUAUUGAUGAUGACAAUCGUGUAAAUGUUCUUGAUGAUACCAACACAAAUGAUGAAAAUGAAAGCCCGGGCGAUCACCAAGAUCAUGAGGCUGGCACAAAAGACUGCAUUUCUGAAGGCGCUACACUCAUACAAAACACAACAUCGUGCACACGUGUAUAGAAUGAAUAUUUUAUAUCGACGAACACUUAUAGCGUUCCCUCUAUAUAUUGUAAACAAUUUCCAUUCAGAUAUGAUAAUACUGUAUAUUAUAUUAAUAUAUAGGAAUAAAAAGACUAUAUGUAUAACGACAAUAAACAAAACCUUUCAAAUAUGAGUAUUGGUUUGCAGACAGAUAAUAUUUGAUUGAAAACUUGUUGUGGGACAAUCUAGUGCAAGCUUAUUCAAAUUUUCUAGAGCAGUUCAAAAUCUUUGUAUAAAUUUAGUAUACUAUUGAAUGACCUCGAUUGAUAUGACUGCAUUUGCACAGAUGGAUCAGUAGAUAGCAAUUAUAUCUCCGAAAACAUGUA